GACCAACAGCAAGUUUGACUUAGUUGCUGUUAGAAUGUGGUCUUGCUAUUGUAUGAGCGCGUUUAAGUGUUGAACAUGACGGAGAUAUCAUUCGCAUUAGUCAGCCGGUCACGGAAAAGACAUGUCUUUUUAUGCGAAUUAGGUGGUCUUAAUGACAUCUUCUUUUUAAAUUUGAAAAAAAUUCCAACGCGCAACGUUAGAAUUUUCAAUUUUCUCGGAUUGAAAAUGACUUCUAGAAAGUUCGUGAAAAAAAUUGAGUAACCCCUCAAACCUUUUCUAAACUGUUCAAAUACACACGAUCGUGCAAGCAGUGAAUUGUAAUAUUGUCAAUAGGCAAUUCUAUAAAGCGAAACGGUCUUUUGGCAUUAAAUAGCUUCUAUCAGUCUUUAAUUUUUCACCCUAGAAAACAGCAAUUGUGAGCAAGGCAUCUAUUUACAUCGGUUAGUUUGAGCCUGAGAAAUGUUCCAUUGAAUUCCAAAUUUGUUUUUAGAUAACUUUGAUAGCUUAGGUUACAUCUGAUAGAUCAUCAAUCACAUAAUUCGUUUUCCAAUAUGUGUAGGAAGAAAGUUAAGGUUUAACUGACAAAGAUUCUUUAACGAUUCUUACAAGAAGAAAAGAACGAACAUUCAGUGAAUUCAGUGAUUUCGGUGCAACUUAAAACCCUGCGCAUGCGCAUUGCGAAGAAAUACUAUAGAGCUACAGAAAUCACAAUGACAAUGGCCGUUGCUUCAUUUCAUUCCAGAAUUCAGAACACUACUACCGUAAGGCCGAAAUGCACUCCUUCAAGACUUUGAGCUUUUUUAGUUUUUCCUUGAUCGUCAUCGCGAUAUUAAUGUAUGCCGGGACGACGAGAGCUACCAAAGCUACCUACUCGCUAAUAACUUAAAAUAAUUCCCUUUUCAUUCAAUGUAAAAUGAAAUGAUUUGAAACAUUUUGCCGGUAAUAUCACUCGCCACACAGUUUCUUUCCUAUGUAGUACAAUUAUUAUAGCAAUCGACUUACACCGUUCGUUUUAUAACUACAUCGAAUUUGUUUUAUAUAUAUUCGAUUUUUUUCGAGGAAAGAAAAGGCGCUGCAUUGCUAGGAAAGAAACAGAAAAAUCAUGGACGCCAUUGGCUAGCUCCCCCUUGCUUGAGUUUAAGAGGAUAUUAUGACGAUGCAGUGAGCUUGGCUUGUCAGUAACUAAGAGAUUCUGUAGUACCAUUAUGUCAACAUUGUACAAAAAUAUUUAAAAAAUAAUCAGUAGGGGUGCGCGGCUUUGCGGUUGCCUUGUGAGAAUCUUUCGCCGGAUACGUGCUGCCUCAUGGGGUGAAUGGCUAAAAUCUCGGCUCUGAAAAUGACGAAAAUGUUACAUGCAAUAUAGGAAAACGCUUUAUUUAUUUGCUCAUUUGAUACCCAUAAGAGAUACGGACGUUAAGAACUCCCCAAGACAUCGCAUUAGCCAAGAGAGGACACUCUUGGAGCGAGAGAAACAACAAAGCAACAACAGCACCAACAGCAGCACCAACAACAGCACCAACAAAGCCGGAAAGAGCUGAGUGAGUUAUCAGCAUGAAUGGUUCAGAAGUACAGGAAAACCUCACGGCAGGAAACUACACGGAUAACCUAGGGUAUCAGGAGCCUCCUAUUAGCCUCGCUCUCAAGGUAGGCAUGACGACAGCCUACGUGGUGAUCUUUCUCAUCGGUUUCCUUGGCAACGCCAUCGGUAUCUACGUGGUAUGUCGUCAGACGGGCUUCCGCAUGGUGACGAACCUGUUGAUUGCUAACAUGGCGAUCGCUGACUUGCUGGUGUGUGUGUUUUCAAUGCCUGCUAGUGUGGUCCAUCUUUACAUCCGUAACAAGUGGCUCCCAGGAACAUUCGGAAUCUUCCUGUGCAAGAUGGUGAGCUUCUCGAUGUUCGUGUCCCUAGCCGCCUCUGUCUUCACCAUCGUGUUCAUCUCAGUCGAGCGAUUCAUCGCCGUGUUCUUUCCACUCCGCUGUGAGCUCCUGAAACGUCCAAAACUAUUGACAGUAAUGAUCUGGGCAAUCAGUGCACUGGUCAUGCUACCAUCGUUGUUCCUGUUUACUGUCUGGACAGACGAGAGACAUGGUGAACAUUACUGCGUUGUGUCCUGGCCGUGGGGUGAUGACGGAGAGACGUUGCGCGUUCUUGGCCGCUUCUUCACUCUGACUUUUGUCUUCAUGUAUUGUUGUCCAGUGCUCUUUCUAGCCAUUCUCUACACCAUGAUCGCACGCAAGUUGUGGGUGCGGGCCAUUCCAGGUAACGACACCCAAAGCAACCGGGGUGCGACACAGAGGUGCCGCAAGAAGGUGAUCAAGCUGUUGAUGGUGGUGGUAGCCCUGUUCGCCGUCUGCUGGUUCCCGACCCACGUUAUGCACUACUUCCUGGUCUACGACUCAAACAGGUUCUACCACUUGUCCGAUGAGACCAAGUUCCUGUCGUUCUUCGUCAGCCACGCGAAUAGCAGCAUUAAUCCAAUCCUUUACAUCUUGCUGAACGAAGGCUUCCGCAAGGAUUUCAACAAGGCCAUCUGGACAUGCCUGAGCAGAAGUCGGGACGGCUGUUGCUCUGUACCGAGAGUGUUAAGCCACCUUAAGUCAAAACCCAACACACGUACCAGUAGCAGUUACAUGGGCCCUUCCCAGAACAGGAGGCUUUCACUGAUGCAGCUUCUGCAAGCGAUGCGGGGAACGAUAGGCUCGGCGUUAACCCCAAACACGCGACUGACACCCGUCGACGAGGAGCAGAAAAGAAAGAGCAGCUUUCUGCACCAGAAGAGAAAUAACGAAACCAGGUUCUAAUGAAAAAAGAAAAGCUUAGAAAGCAUUUCUUCUCAAACAGGAAGGAACAUUUUGGAGUGUGACAAGAGUGAGAUAAAGCUUACUGCAGAUAAUGAGGCAACUAGAUGUCUAUUGUUGUGAAAAUGUCAAGCUUUUUUACGACGUCGGAACGACAGAGCUUAGUACUAUCUGCCUCUAUCCUUUAACCGUGAACAGUUUUCGCGUAAGCUAAUGUUUAAGUCGCGCACGAGUUUAUCUAAUUUCUCGCUCGUUGAUUCUCAGAUAACUCGAACUCAAAUCUCGGAUAACUUCCCGCGAACUCCUCUCUUGUCGAUUAUUGUUCUCAUUUUCUAGUGAAUGAGUUCCAUCAGGCAUGCGUACUAAAAUACUAAUGUAAAAUCGAUUUGUUAACUCGAAUCCUGCUAACUGGAAACUCCGUAA